GACGGUGCUGCGAUGCAAGUGGCACCGCUGGCGACCGCCCUCCCCUCGGAGAACGAACGCUCUGAUCGUAUGCCAAAGGCGCUGGGUCUGCUCUGGCUUUGGCUCGUGCUGGUUCCUAGUUUCUACUACCUGACUCUGCUGCAACCGCACCUCGCCAACGACCUUUUCUGGCCGAACUACAAUGCCUCGGGGUACCAAAUCUUCGUCAUCGACCUACUGAAUGCGCUCUUGGAGUCGACGCCGGAUGCCUCGACCGUCGACUUGAGCCUGGAGAUGGUUGACGCGCGCUACGACGGUGUCUUGCCCAAUGCUAUGGUGCACCCAACGUACGCGAUGGCGCUACUGACAACGAGCCGCUCAUCCCUCGAGGGUGCCAUCAUAAGUCUGCGCAAUACGUCCUUGAACAGCGUUCAUUGGCUCCCGACGCAGUACUGCUGGAUCGACUUUGACAAAACGUUCGAGCUCGCGUACACGGAAUCGCGGCAGAAGCGCUGUUUUCAUCGAUACGCCGCCAACGGCGCCGUGUACCUCGAGGCUGUCUAUCGCAAUAUGGACUGGAGCGCCUAUGUCGCCAAGUACGGCAGCCGCAACUCCAACUUGUGGUGGGCCAUCUUGCGUGGUCUCGAGUCGUCGCAGCGCGGUGUCGACUGGAUGAAGACCGUCGCUUCCGUCUCGACUUUGGUGCCAGCAGAAGUCGUAUACUGGCAGCGUGCUGGCAUUGAGGUUUUUCACUACCAGUGGCAAAGCGUCGAGCUUCCUGGUCUCGUUGAGACUGCGACGCUCCUCAACGCCCUUGGUAUUCCAACAUCUCUCACACUCAAGAGCAUCGAGCACAGCCAAGGCCCCGGCUUGUCCAUCUCGUUCUACGAGUCUUUUCUCUUGGGCAUAUGGGUAGCCGGAUCAAGCAACGCAAGUCUCAUUCGAGGAUCGUCCGACUACUUCCUCAAUAGUACGUUGUCCCUCGGAGCGCCGCCACUAUCGUUGGAGAACUUUGCGUAUGGGUUCAACAUGUUUGGUGCGCAUCAAGUGAGCUUGGUCCACAGCACGCUCGGUCCAUUCCUCUCGAUUGACCUCCUUGUUCUGUCGCCUCCGGUGGCGUUGGUGUCGCUCACGAAGAGCGUCUCAGCUGCGUUAUAUGAAUCACUCAACAGCGCGUCCCCAACUACUUACGCAACUCUUCGGACGUUAACUGUGGCGCCGAUACCGCCGGCGUGGAAGCAGUACGUCUACUACGGUGGGAACCUCAUGUGCAGCUACGAUACGCCGCAGACGUUUCUUCAGCCGCCAUUCACGACCACCGAUGCGUGCGACGUUCAAACGCUCUGGACCGUGUCGGUGGCACCGCUGGCAAUGGUCUCCGCUCUCUCGCUUGUGAGUGAUUCCAUUGAGAGCAUCUGCGCACUCGGUACCUCAGAUGCGUGCACGCCGUUUCUGCAACAAGCGAAGACACUUGCACUACGCACGCUCAAUCAAACGCUCGUGCAGGACGCCGUCACAGCAGUCAGAGCGCUUGACGUCAGCGUCAUUCAAGCUGCCUCGGACGUCACCGAAACCAACUACACGCUGCUACGACAACCGCUAUUGGACCAAUCGCCAUUUGCGUUUUACGGCUGGGUUCUACUCUUCGACUGGGUCGUAGGCGUUCGAGAAGUCGUCUCGUUUGAGGGCGACAACGGGACGCUUGUCUUGAUCUCCGACGACUACGACACGACAGCGCAAACAUCGCCAGCGUCCAGUGUCUUGAGUCGAGCUUCGAUCACCGUCUACUACCUCGUGGUCUACUCGACGCUGGUUCUUGGCGCACUUGUCCUCGUUUGUACCGUCGGCCUCUGUUCGCAUCGUCGUCCAGUGCACCGAGCGUCGAUCGCCUACUUUUACCGCGUCGCAAGCUCGACGUGGCUCGGGCGCCCGCUGGUGCUGCUUCGAGGGACGACCGCCAUGCUGCUCCUGAGCUCGGCGCCGUGGCAAAACUACAAGUCGAUCGGUCUCGUCAACUCGUACAACAUUGUCAACGCCUACGGCAUCUCGUAUCCUUUUAUGCUGCAGGCAACCGCGGGCUACCACCGCUUGGAGAGUCAAACGUCGUUCAAAAUGUACUGGUCGCUCGCCAGCGAUCUCGGCGCUCUCCUCAAAAACACAUCGACCAUAAGUGGCAAGAGUCUCCUCCGGUCGAGCAGUCGAUUUGCAUUUCAAAAUACCUCACUACAAGAGAUUCUCGUGACCGAAAAGAUGUUACCACCUUGGCCGUGGAGUGCCAAUUACGAGCUCUUAUCGUCGUAUCUUGGGCCAUUUGGAUCGAUCGACAUGGUCUACGUCAGCGUCCCAUCGGUCCUAAGCGAAGCCAUUUGUGCGUUUGACGUUGCGGUGGCUGGUGCGAGGAAGCUAGCUACCUCGUCGUAUGUGCUGAUCCGUGAUGAGUACCAUACCUUUCCAGCGCCGGCGCUGUGGGCCAAGACCGUGUACGCGGCGAGUGGCUCCGUCUUGUGUCCCGACCAGCCAAGUGCGUACCUCGCGAAGCUCACGUUGAUCCUUGGUGCGGACGCUUACCAGAAGGGCUGCGAAGCUCUAUACCAUACGGCGCUCAGCAUGGUUUCAUCGCGCGACCACAUUCUUUUCAGUGUGCUUGUCGCGGGUAUCGAUGCGACGACCAACGUCACGGCGAUUUGCCUGCUCGAGCCCUUGAGCAACAUACCUUAUUGCGAGACCAAACUACACACUGCGAUGGCCUUUCUUUUGCACGUGCCGGACCUUAGCCACUGGCGACCGUCCCUCUACGCUGCCAUUCACGAGCUCCAGAUUCAGUGGGUCCAGUUUGGCGCGCUCAACACCACAGCGCCUAUGGAGCUCUACCAUCUCCCCGUACUCGACCCGUCCGACGCGACGUUCGACUACGUGGCGUGGCUCUUUUUGUACGAUUGGGCACUCGGGAACCGCGAAGUCAUUUCGUUUCAAGGCGACCUGGGCACGCUCACCGCCAUGGGUAGCGAUCUACCGCACCUAGAGCAGACAGACGACGCGGCGCAGCUGCCAACUGUCCUUGCUCUCUACGCGCGGCGCGCUGUCCAGUACGUCACCGUCUCUAUCAUUGCACUCGCGGUUCUCUCGCUUAUUUAUCUUAUCCGUGUGCGCGGCGCCAUCGAAGGCCGCAACCUGCUCAAACUCAGUCGCGUUGGCGGUCUUGUUUGGGUCGGACGACCGCUCAUCGGUCUCAGGAGCAUCACGGCCCUCGCUCUUCUCUCGUCGGCCUCGGUGCAGCUCACGACCGAUGGCCAGCUCAGCUACUUUACGUCGCAAGCGGUGCCUUGGUACACGACGUGUCUCGCAGCCAACGAAGUCACGUGGCUUGUCGGUAUCGUCAACGACCUCGGACUGCCAUGGACGACGUGGCACCUGCCAAAAUACGCUCUCAUCAACAGUCUUCUCGUGUGGCUCGUCUCGGCGCUUCUAGCCAUCUUGGCACCGGUUCAGGCGAGUAUUUCAAUUGCCAAGUCGUGUGCGGUCGUCUCGCUCGACUACCAGGUGCAGUGCAGUGCGGGUGCGGUCCUGAUCGGGUCCCGUGCUCGGCUACUGACGUUGAUUGGCGUCGUCUUUGGCUGCAACGUGCUCUGUUACAGUGUUGCUCGGUGGUACUACCAAGACGAUUCGCGACUACGGUCGUCGUCGCUCUUGCUGUGCAGUGGCGCAAAGUUCCUCUUUCGACACGAGACUUGGAUCAAGCACGAUGUCUACUACAUGGACCGAGCGUCGGCCGUCGUCAACGGGCUCGUGAGCGUCGGCUGGAGAGACGAGUGGUUUGUGAUGGACGUCAAGACGUGGCGCCUGCAUCGGCUAUCCAACGGCGAGACAUAA